UGGUGGCAUGUCUUGUGGGGUAUGCAUGGGUGUUCUGUCACCAGAAUAAGACCUUUGAUAAUUAUUGGAAAGGAGCAUCAACUUCAUAGUGUGCACUUUCAACACCCUGUGAAGUUCAUCAAAACUUACUUCAUCUGUAGCCUAAUAAACUGCAUAGUUUCCUGAGUUGUAGUGGAGGACCAGACACUAUAUCAUCACAUGUCUCCACGUUUGCGUCAAUAUUAUGGUUAUUAUAUCAGUAUUUGCAUAUAAAGGCAACCGCCAUUUCUCGCAUAAUAUAUUUUACCGAAACAAAGAUCCCACCAUGUCCAAUGAACAAAUUAUCUGUUCGCAUCUAUAAAAUUGUACCGAAACUUCCGGUUUCCAUCACAUCUGUUGUGAUAAUAAAAUAUAAAAAAUACGUUAUGACUUUACUGUCGAUGGAAACAUGGUUACUGACUAAAAUCCCUUGCACAUCUACUUGUCUGGUCUGUUUAUUUUAUGCCUGCUAUGGAAGAGAAGAAUGUGUGAUCAUGAGGGAAUAUAGAGAGCACCUAUUGCUUCGCCAGGUAUCUACCUGAAAAUACACAAUCAAAGUGAAUGAUAGUUAGUAUUCAGAAGUCGUAAAAGUUUGCCUGAUUUACUUUGAAGAACUACAAAAUAGAGAUGAGAAGGUGAAAUGAAAUAAUAAAGCCAUCAAGUAAAACAAAUGUAGUAUAAAUAACUUAAAUAUUUUAUUAAAGUAUUGUGAAUAAAAUAUGGUUAUUAAGUGAUAAGCAUUCAUGGGCAGUCACUACCAUCAUGGUAAUUAUUAAUUGCUUUAUUCUGUUACAGCAUUCAACCAAAAGAAUGGAAACCGAAAUCGAAAACCGUGAUAAUUUUUUAAAGACUCAAACCAAACCUACUUCAAAAAUAACUAAUCGCUCAGCACUAAGUGUUAUUAACCUGACUUUCAGUACACUGGUCUGUAUAUCGGUUUGUACAUCCAGGUUUUUAUUUUCAAUACUGAUGCAAUUCGCACAGUGUCAAACACUUGCACAGUAUGGCCUGGCCUAAAUGAACCACAGACCAAACGGCAAACACUUCCAGCUGAUUGUGAGGAAAUGUGCUUCUGGAGACUACUUUUGGUUACAUUCGACUAUGUUUACAUAUUGUGCAUCACGUGCAAAGAGUCGAGAUUGGUAAUAAACGUCAGAACCCACGGUGCCUCAGAAAGUGGGUGAACAACACUUUCCUGUGACCCUAUCUACACCUACCACCAAAAGGACCAACAGCAUGUACAACAGUUCCAGAAGGCAGAGGCUGACAUGGAGUACAUGGAGAAGCGGCUACGGCUGGAUUUCCUGACUAAUGUUCCAGAGAACAGUGCAGCAGAGGAAAAUCCUGUGAAGCUGCUGGAGAACCUGUCAGCCAUCAAGACGAGGCAUGCUGCCCUGUGCACACAAGUGCAGGAGAUCGCAGCUGAGCAGAAGCAAUCAAUGGACUCUAUACGAGUGCACCUCGACACCACUGUGCAGCUGGUGCAACAGUUACAGCAGGCUGCUGACGUUGAGCUUCCAACACUGACUGAGACGGAGCAGGUGUCUGCAGAGUUCCUUGGUUUAUCAGUCAAUCAAAACACAGCAGAGGUACCGAUGUCUAUGGAGCUUCAAGCCCAAGAGCUGCCUCGGUCCUCGAGGGAGGGCGAGUUUGAGGAGCUGAGUGAAGCCACACUGGAGGCAGUGCCGUGCAGCAUGCGUGCCAACGUCAAGCUGGUCAACCUCAAUGCCUUCUAUAAGCAGCUGCACGAGUACUUCUCCUUCAGAAAAAACAGUGGUGCCCUCAGUUUGCAGAAGAUGAAGCAGAUGAACAUGAAGGUUAGCGACGCCAAGCUGAAGACGUUGCAGCACCUCUCUCUCAUUGAGCUAGACAAGAAAGGGCAUGUUCGUCUGCUAAUGUGAGACUGAGGAACCUGCAUAGCCGAGAGGCUAAAAUAUAAGACCCCACCACACUAUGUGAUGAAAAGUGACUGAUUCUGCCCAUCUCUCCUUGUCCAUUUGCUAGGCAUAUAGCCUAAUUGAAGGGUUUUCAGUUGAAUCCUCAUGCCUACAUAUGCUGUGGUUCGAUUUUAAUUUGCUAGAUAUUUUUCUUAAAUGACACCCCAGAAUCUUCUUUCAAAAGGAAUUGACAUCAGAAGCAAGAAUUCCAGAUGGGAUCAAGUCAUCACAUGUUUCUAGGGUGCUGUAAGUAGAAGGCUGUAGGGCCAUAUUGUAAAUUAAGGUGCACUAUUUUUGUAAAGAGUUUAAUGUUGGAUAAGUAUGUAGUGUUUUCUGGCUAAUGUAUCAGCCAAAUACAUUUCACCUGUAAAUAUGUGAUGAACGAUUUAAUGCCACUGACUUUCCAACUGGACUGUACGUCUUGUGUCGAGUGUCAAUGAAUUUUAUGAGCAUUCAUUAAAUUGAAAUAUUCCCUCUG